UGUGCCACCGCACCCGGCCCAGGACAGUGACUUUGUGACAGGAACCUGGGGACGCAGAGACGCCGAGGAGGCCGUCCUCAACCCUGGCUGUGACGGCCAGCUCAGAGGGACAGCUCGUCUGUGCAGCAGAGAGAAUCACGGAGCGCGACCCUCCGCCGGGGAGAAGCACGAGCUCGAUGUGACGCAGACACGCAAGCAGACAUGCUGGGGACCGUGGCCUCGGGUCCGCGAGACGCUGCUGCAUUCCGGCUGCCCAGAGACCCGCCCGUGCGUCAGGCCCUGCUGGGGCGCUUGGGCUCCAAAUGCAGAGAGACAGGCAUGGCCCCUUUGGGGACACCCUACCCUGGGUCUCACGUUCCCUUCCUUGGUGGCAGAAACAGGUCUCCAAUGGGCUCCGGUUUCCGCUGGACCCGCCUCUCCUACCUGGUUGGCAGCUGGAACCCGGGGACACGGGCUAGCGGCCGUCACAGCCACACGGCUGGGCGCCAGAGACGACCCGCUUCCAUCGAGGGUUUUUCUGGCUCCCGGAAAAUCCUCGGGAAUUCACUGACCACUCCUGCUUCCAACGGAGCCUCACGCGACGUGAAAUUCUUCUGAGAAGUGGCCGAAGAACAGCCACCAACGUGCCUUCUCUGAAUGCAACAGGGACUUGAAGACCCUUCCAGGAUGCCCGAGGAAAGUUCUCUCAGGAGGACCCCGCAGAACGUUCCCUACCAGAACCUUCCUCACCUGAUCAAUGCGGACGGGCAGUACCUCUUCUGCAGGUACUGGAAGCCCACGGCCACACCCAAGGCCCUCAUCUUCGUGUCCCACGGAGCCGGGGAGCACUGUGGCCGCUAUGACGAGCUGGCGCGGAUGCUGACGGGGCUGGACCUGCUGGUGUUCGCCCACGACCACGUGGGCCACGGCCAGAGCGAAGGAGGGAGGAUGGUGGUGUCCGACUUCCACGUUUUCAUCAGGGACGUGCUGCAGCAUGUGGACCUCAUGCAGAAAGAGCACCCCGGGCUUCCCGUCUUCCUUCUGGGCCAUUCUAUGGGAGGAGCCAUUGUCAUCCUCACGGCCGCCGAGAGGCCGGGCCACUUCUCGGGCAUGGUCCUCAUCUCGCCGCUGGUCCUCGCCAGUCCCGAGUCCGCCACGACUUUCAAGAUCCUGGCUGCCAAAGUGCUCAACCUCGUCCUGCCGAACCUGUCCCUGGGCCCCAUCGACUCGAGUGUGCUGUCGCGGAACAAGGCGGAGGUGGACGUUUACAACUCGGACCCCCUCAUCUGCCGGGCGGGGCUGAAGGUGUGCUUCGGCAUCCAGCUGCUCAACGCGGUGGCCCGGGUGGAGCGCGCCGUCCCCAAAGUGACAGUGCCCUUCCUGCUGCUGCAGGGCUCGGCCGACCGGCUGUGUGACAGCAAAGGGGCCUAUCUGCUCAUGGAGUCCGCCAAGAGCCAGGACAAGACGCUCAAGAUCUACGACGGUGCCUACCACAUGCUCCACAGGGAGCUUCCAGAAGUCACCAGCUCCGUCUUCCACGAAAUAAACACGUGGGUCUCUCAAAGGACAGGCGCGGUGGCCGGAGCCCGGUCCCCGCCCUGAGCGGCACUGGCAGGAGCUGUCCCCAGCUCGCUCGAGGCCUGGGGGACGCAGGGCAGGGGCAGGGCAGGGACGCAUUCUCACCCGCGGCUUGCAAAAAAAACAAAAACAAAAACAAAAAACAAAACCCCACAAGUCACAAAUUGCAGGAAUCCCUAGCACAAGUGACUUUUGAAAAAAAAAAAUAAACAGACGUUUCUGUCACUUAUUCGGCCAUCGGCCACUGGAGCUACCUUAACGGAUAGAGAUUUUAUGCAAAAAAAAUAAAUAAAUAAAUAAAAACAAAUAAAUAAAAAUAAAUAAAAAAAAAAGAGAAAAGAUACAGGGAAUGUUCUAGAAAAGGAAUAUGCUAGAAUGUCGUUGAAAAAAGCCAAGCCUCUGCCCCGCCUCCCCCAGCGCCCACGGGGUCCCCAGGGAGUCCUGCUGUCCUGCAAUAAUCCGGGGGGCUCCCCUCCUGCCCACCCCCGCCCCUCCCCCAGCCUGUGGCCUCGCUCCGGCCAGGUGACAGGGUGGCUCGUGUCCUCGGAGGGCCCCAGAGAAUGACCCCGGCAGCCUGAGGCCUGGCUCCGCAGUGAGGAAUCGGCUUAGCCCAGAGAGAGCUGAACAGGGGCGACCCUGGGGCCCUUCUCCCGUCCCCUCCCCGUCCCGCGGCGCUGGGUGACAAGCGUGUGACGAGGCCACCCUUCCCGUGCGUCACUAACCUUCCCUGAUGCUACGAGAGGACCAUAUUGGAGAUGCAAAGUCUAAUAUAUAACGUAUAUUCUAGAGCAGAGGCUAUUUUGCUGGGGGAGGUGGGUAGAGCAGGGGGUCCGGGAGGACCCCAAGCCCGAUGCUGCUGCACGGGGACGGGGUGGCCGGAGGGGGCGGGGCCGGGAGGGCCUGUGCUGCAGGAGCUAAGCCGGAGGUCCCCAAGACCUCAGGGACGAGGAGCAGGGGCAGCGUGGUGGCCCCGGGCCACUCUGGGAGUCUCAUUGCCGGCAGCACAGCUACCUCUGGUGGCAGGAGAGAGAGGGCCAGCACAGUGGUGUCCCGCCUGCCAGCCCGGGGCUGCGUGGGGCCCUCGGUGGCCCAGAGCAGGGACUGGAGGUGCCCCUCCCUGUCCCAGUGCCACCCCCCCACUGCCCUGCCUUUGGCCUCAGCAAUAAACGGGGAUCACCCCCCGCCCUGGGGACACUUUCACCUUCAACAUGGGGCUCGCUGUCACCUCCAGAGGCUCCGCAGCGCUCGUGUGACCGGGGUGGGGGAGCUGCCACCCUGCGGACGUGCCAUCCAGGGGCCUCGGGACCCCCCAGCGCGAAGGCUCGUCCCGGCUCAUUCUGGUCCCCCGGCGAGGGGACCCGUCUGUCCCCCUCCUGCAGCCCUGCCAGAGCCGCGGCGGUCAAAGCCGCCUCCUGCUGAAGGUCACUGUCCCCGGGGUCACAGCCUGGCGCUGUCCUUACCCUGCCCCCCAGUCAGCCCCGCUGCGCCGGGAGCCACGACAACCCGGGCGGCCACCAGCCCCGGGACGCCCCAGUUCUCAGCUCAGGAAAAGCAGAACCCCCGUCCCCAAGCCCAGAGACACUGCCGGGCUCGGAACUGUCACUGUCACCAGGAGCUGCAGCCCCGAGGGUCACACACGGGCCCCCCCCCCCGCCUCCCCCAGAAGCGUGUGGCAGGCACGUGGCCCGCCCGGGGACAGCUCCGGGUGCGUGUUUCCGUGACGGCCGCUUCGGGGACACGUGCAGAUUCGGUCGCCUGGUUAAAGAAUCGCCAGUGUCGACAAAGAAAAUUGGGACUGGAGGAGGGGACAGGGGACAUCGCCCCGGCACGGCCACCUGCUGAGUCAGGAGCUGCGGGGGGCAGCUCCCUCGGUGUCCCCAGCCUUGGUGGCCGGAGCCCUUCUCGGCAGUGACAGCUCCGUCCCGUCACUCUGGGCGUCCAAGUCCCACCGACACAGCCGGGACGGGGACUUGGGUUUGGGAGGGACGCGGGGUCACACUCGGGGUCGGCUGGGGGUCGCGGCUGAUCCCAGCCCUGCCGGGGACACGAGGACACGAGGCCCCGCUGGCUUCUGGGUGACACAGUCUUCUUCUCUUUCUGUCACUAACACGAACCUUGUCAUGGACCACGAUGAGCUUCCCCGCGACUCACUGCUCUGUGUCACCGCGGCUGGCACUGUCCCUCCGCGUGUGCCGUGGGUGGGGACAUGCGUGUCCCCGCUUGGAACUAUCGAAGGCCCCCGUGUGCACUAGAGCUAACCCCAAUAAACCGGGUGUUUUCUGAA